CAGUUCAAAAGUCCUAUUUUAAUGCCAUCACCUCAGCUUCAAACACAACUGUUACCAAAAUUGACACCCGAAGCUGCCUCCCACUUUUUUUUAUUCUUUCUUUAAUCAUGCUUCCGCUUUUUCCAAAUCAAAGGAAUGAAAUUAUAAUAAAUUAUUACACCUCAAACUCAAAGCUUCGGACUUUAAAACUACUUUUGCAAUAAUAAUAUCUUCCAUGUUCUUGGGUAUGGGGAAGAAGAAAAGAAUUGGUUCUUGGCCACCAUUUGGUUUAUUUCUGAUAAUCUUGAUUGAUAUCUGUUUUGUAUCAUGUGGACAAGGAUUUGAAUCUCUUCUCCAGCUUCCUCAUUCCAAAGGGUUGUCGGCAAGAUCCAAAAGGGUCCUUUUUGUUGGUGAUUUUGGUGCUUUGGGAGAUGGUGCUACUAAUGAUACUAUGGCUUUCAAGAAAGCUUGGGAUAUAGCUUGUUCUUUCCCAGCAAGAACCAGGAUUGUAAUUCCAGCUGAAUACGCUCUCCUUAUUCAUCCUGUUGAUUUGAGUGGCCCUUGUAAAUCAAGAAUCACUCUAAUUAUAUCUGGUACUAUUGUUGCUCCCAAAGAUCCUGCUGUUUGGGACGGUUUAAAUCCUCGUAAAUGGAUAUACUUCCAUGGAGUUAACCAUCUUACGUUAGAUGGGGGAGGAACAAUCAAUGGUAUGGGACAUAGAUGGUGGGCUAGGUCUUGUAAAAUCAAGCCGGAAAAUCCUUGUCGACACGCUCCCACGGCCCUGACAUUCCACAGAUGCAAGAAUUUGAAAAUCAUGAACCUAAAGGUAAUCCAUGGUCAACAAAUGCACGUAUCAUUUACGGGAUGUAACCGGGUUAUGGCUUCCCGUCUUGUGGUGACAUCACCUGCUUUUAGCCCCAAUACAGAUGGAAUUCACAUCAGUGAAUCUCGUCGUGUUGAGGUCAGAGAUUCCAUUGUAAGGACAGGAGAUGACUGCAUCUCCAUAGUCAACAACUCCUCACAAAUCAAAAUCAGGAAGAUUACCUGUGGUCCAGGCCAUGGUAUAAGCAUCGGAAGCCUUGGAAAAUAUAACUCAUCAUCAGAUGUGCAUGAUAUAAUAAUCGAUGGCGCAUUCCUGUCCAACACUGACAAUGGACUCCGGAUCAAAACAUGGCAGGGAGGUAGUGGUAAUGCAUCUAAUAUCAGGUUUCAAAAUGUGUUCAUGAAAAACGUAUCGAAUCCAAUUAUUAUAGAUCAAUAUUAUUGCGAUUCACGCCUUCCAUGCGCAAACCAGACUUCAGCUGUUAAAGUGGCAAAUAUAUCCUUUACCAACAUUAAAGGAACUUCAGCUACAGAGCAAGCUGUGUUAUUUGCUUGCAGUGAUUAUUCACCGUGCCAAGGGUUACAUUUAGAAGACAUUUGGCUGGUAUCACAUAACGGUACAAUCCUUGAAUCUUUUUGCUGGGAAGCAUACGGGUCGAGUGUGGAUCCAGUCUACCCACCUUCUUGCUUUCCAAGUAAUGCAAGCUUCAUUCGGCAGAAAGUUCAGACUCCUUUCAUUUUUAUUUGAAAUCAGGCUUCAAAAACAGUAGUAUAGUAAGUUAAAGAAAAUCCUGAACCAGAAGAGACUUAUGGUUCAGGAAAAUUUCUUAAGGCACUCCGGAUUCCGACUAUUUAACAAUCGAGCCUGGCAGAGAAAAGUUCUGUACUUCAUAGAUCCAUGGAGAGCAUUUUAUCACUGUAUAUUAUAGGAAACAUUAAAAAAGAAACAUUAUGUGUAAAUAACAGAUAUCAAAUACAAGUUGGUAAUUUUUUAA